UGUGUGUGUACUCGAUUCACUGUUAGUCAUUGUUAGCAAUGACUGAGGCAAAGUGUGUGUGAGUGCGUGUGUGUGUGAGUUUGUACACAUGAGGUAUGAGGGCUUUGUUCUUGAAGCUCCUUCUGAUAAUCACACUGUGUUCUUCGUGUCCUCUACUGCUCUGGAUCUUCAGCAGCCCAAGCACUUUUAACAGUCUCUCUAAGGCAAAGCAUUCUGGGCCCGAUAAGCCAGACUCCUGUAAAGACUGCAAGGAAAGUGCCUUCAUUAAGAAAGCAGUGGCAGAUUAUGAUCCCAAAUGGAGAAAACAAGAGGCCAACUUAAAGAAGUUCAGGGCGUCAUUAAAUAGCAAGUGCAACGGCGUCUCCAAGGCUGUUGUCACCCAAGCCAAUACACCACUGGGAUCAAAGAUCACGUACGAUGGAGAGAAGAGAAAACCACUGCAGGUGUCUCCUGCUCUCUUCAGCACGUUCGCCAAGGUGCAGCCUUUUGGAAAUAAAACCUGGGACACCUGUGCUGUUGUGGGGAACGGAGGCAUCUUGACCAAUAGCAGCUGUGGAAAGAUGAUAGACUCCGCCUCCUUUGUCAUCAGGUGUAACCUUCCCCCCGUGGAGAACGGCUAUGUUGUGGACGUGGGUAACAAAACAGGCCUGGUGACGGCCAAUCCCAGCAUCCUCCUGGAGAAGUUCAGUGGGUUGAUGGAGCGCCGCCGUCCUUUCAUGGAGAGUCUCCGCCCUUUCAGUGCCUCCAUGCUUCUCCUCCCGGCCUUCUCCUACGGACACAACACUCCCCUCUCCCUGCGUGCCGUCUACACCCUGGAGGACUUUGGCGGCGGUCCCAAACCCAUCUUCCUCAACCCGGAGUACCUGACCUGCCUGGCUCGGUACUGGCACGCCCAGGGCCUGCGGUCCAUGCGCCUCAGUACCGGGCUGAUGGUCACCAGUCUGGCUCUGGAGCUCUGCAACAACGUGCAUCUCUACGGGUUCUGGCCCUUCGACCGGCACCCGUUCGGACAGCAGGUUCCACUGACUAACCACUAUUACGACAACAGGCAGAGCAAGAAGAAUGUUCACUCCAUGCCCGCUGAGUUCGAGCACCUGCUACGUCUCCACAAACAGGGCGUUCUCCACCUGCAUUUGGGGAAGUGUGUACCCUCCAAAACAUAGACCACAUCUGUUCCCCCAAUCCUCCCGCUUCAGCCAAACACACACA